UUUAUAAAAUUUGUCACUGUAUUCAAGAGCCAAACCACUCAGCAAUUUCCAUUUAUCUGCACCAUCUCUUGGGAAAGUUGAGAAGUUCAGUCCUCCUCCAAACACUCGCCCUCUGAAAGAGAGAGAGAGAGAGAGAGAGAGGGGGGAUGGAGGCGAGGCAGUCCCUCCGGCUGAUGCUACUGUUCUUCAGCGUAGGCCUCCUCCUCCUCUUCACGUGGGUCAACCUCCCGUCCCCGCUGCCGGACACGGCGGACCUCCUCGACUGCGACGCCAGCUCCCCCUGGUGCACCUCCUCCAAGAACCGCUUCGGGCCCAGGCAAAGGCAGCCCGCCACCGACCUCAAGGACCCCGUGCCCCGCCCCCGCCCCCGCCGCCACUCCCACAUCUUCGACGCCCCGCGACACCCCCUCGACCCCCUCACCGUCCAUGAGCUCAACCGCGUCCGCACCCUCCUCCUCUCCCACCCGCUCUUCGCCAACCGUGCCCCCUACGCCCUCCACUCCGUCGUCCUCGAGGAGCCCGACAAGCCCUCCGUCCUCGCCUGGCGGAAGGGCGACCCCAUCCCCCGGAAGGCCUCCGUCGUCGCGCGCGUCGCCGGGGAGUCGCACCUGCUGGCCGUCGACCUCGACAGCGGCCACGUGACCGCGCAGGGGGCCGGGCCCCUCUCCGGCUACCCGACGAUGACCAUGGAGGACAUGACAUCGGCCACGUUGGCCCCGCUCGCGGACCCGGAGUUCAACCGCACGGUGGUGGCCCGCGGGGUCGACCUGGCUGACCUCGCGUGCCUGCCGAUCUCGGCCGGCUGGUUCGGCCGGGCCGAGGAGAGCCGGAGGCUGAUCAAAGUCCAGUGCUACUCCACCAAGGACACGGCCAAUUUCUACAUGCGACCGAUCGAGGGGCUGACCGUUCUGCUCGACUUGGACACGAAGCGCGUGGUUGAGAUCACGGACAAAGGCCGCGACAUACCGAUCCCGAGCGCAGCCAACACCGAUUACCGGUUCUCGCAAUUCGAUCGGAACCAGCAGGCUUAUCGCAUCAUCAACCCGAUCUCCAUCGAGCAGCCGAAAGGCCCGAGUUUCACCGUCGAGGACGAGCAUUUCGUGAAGUGGGCGAACUGGGAAUUACACGUCAAGCCCGACCCGAGAGCCGGAGUGAUCAUCUCUCGGGCCCGGGUCCGGGACCCGGACACCGGCGAGCUGAGGGACGUCAUGUACAAGGGGUUCACGUCGGAGCUGUUCGUCCCUUACAUGGACCCGACCGACGCGUGGUACUUCAAGACGUACAUGGACGCGGGCGAGUACGGGUUCGGGCUCCAGGCCAUGCCGCUCGACCCGCUCAACGACUGCCCGAGGAACGCCUACUUCAUGGACGGCGUGUUCGCGGCGGGCGACGGGACGCCCUACGUGAGGUCCGACAUGGUGUGCAUAUACGAGAGCUACGGGGGCGACAUCGGGUGGAGGCACUCCGAGAGCCCGAUCACGGGCAUGGAGAUAAGGGAAGUGAGGCCAAAAGUGACAUUAGUGGUUAGAAUGGCAGCGUCAGUGGCGAACUAUGAUUACAUCGUGGAUUGGGAGUUCCAAGCAGAUGGGCUAAUCAAAGUCAAGGUCGGGCUCAGCGGUAUCCUGAUGGUGAAAGGCAGCUCCUAUUCCAACGUCAAUGACGUACCGGGGCAAGAGGACCUCUACGGCACGAUCCUCUCGGAAAAUGUCAUCGGCGUCAUCCACGACCACUACGUCACGUUCCAUCUCGACAUGGACGUCGACGGCACCGACAAUUCCUUCGUGAACGUGAACAUCCGGAAGCAGGAGACUUCCCCCGGGGAGUCGCCCCGGAGGAGCUACCUGAAAGCGGUGCGGAAUGUGGCCAAGACCGAGAAGGACGCGCAAGUGAAGCUCAAGCUCUACGAUCCAUCCGAAUUCCACGUCGUCAACUCGAACAAGAAGACGCGGGUCGGGAACCCCGUGGGGUACAAGGUUGUCCCCGCGGGAACCGCGGCUAGCCUGCUUGCUCACGACGACCCGCCUCAGAAGCGGGCAGCGUUCACGAACAACCAAAUAUGGGUCACCCCCUAUAACCGGACCGAGCAAUGGGCGGGCGGGCUGUUCACUUACCAGAGCCAGGGCGAGGACACUCUUGCUGAGUGGUCGAACAGGGAUCGGCCGAUCGAGAACAAGGACAUCGUGGUGUGGUACACACUGGGCUUCCAUCACAUUCCGUGUCAGGAGGACUUCCCGAUCAUGCCCACGGUGUCGGCCAGUUUUGAUCUGAAACCGGUCAACUUCUUCGAGAGCAACCCCAUUCUCCGGAUCCCGCCCAACACGGAGAAGGACCUGCCGGUGUGCAACCCCGCUGCUUCCGCUUGACUCGUGGAGUCAAGUUAUUCUGUACUGAAGGACCUUGUGCUUCAGUACUCGCUGUACAUAUCAAAGGCGCUAAUAAUCCACCCUCUAUGUAACCUCUUCGCUGAAGCUAGAGAAAUGCGUGCUGUGGAAGUUCGGCUUUGGAACCUCCUCCUUCGAUCAA